UACCAAAGUGCAUAGUAGUCAUUCCCGGCUUGUCGUUCUUUCAUUGAAGUACAUUUGAUUUCGCCGUAAUUAUAAAAGCGUCCUAAAUAUUUUCGAUCACCAUGAGUCGCGAAGUGUUAACGCCUCCUGUCCAAAAGAUGAGCCAGAUGCGGCGCUAUAGAGUCAACGUUGUUCACGACGACUUCGGUGGCGACAAGUGGAAUGGUCAAAACAAACAAGCUAAACUAGAAUACAAAACCUACGAAGAGCAGGAUCUUUAUGGUGAUGAUGAUGAUUACGAGGACGAUGCGGCUUUGAAAUGUAUUACGGAGUCAGCAAAUGGCGAUUUUAGUCUUUCCAUUCAUGUGUCCAAAUCAUUUUACGGUGGACUAAUUGGCAUGAAAGGAUCUACGAAGCGCCGCAUAGAGGAAGAGACCCGUACAGAGAUCUUUGUUCCGCGUCCGAACGAUAGGUCAAACGAAGUGACUAUCAAGGCCAAGCAACGCAGUCAAAUAUGCGCUGCACUGCGACAAAUCCAGCAUCUUGUAACCUCUUUACGAAAAAAAAUGAAACCGACACACUUUUUGGCCGUGGCUUUGAACUCUGGAGAAGUCAAGGAGCGUUUUAUGGAACUAAAGAAAUGCAUUUUGGAGGCCGAGUUGCCAGGCAUCGAUGCGGAGCUUUUCAUUCCGGAGUGCUGCAUCCAUCUUACCUUAGGCGUCUAUGUGCUGCUAGAUGACAAUGAACGCCAAGAAGCCCUCAAGAAUUUGGAAUCAUGUCGUCGUUUACUGGAUGGCCUAAAAACACCUUUCGAGAUUAAAGUUAAGGGCCUGGAGAUAAUGAAUGACGAUCCAAGCUCCACUCGCAUUCUGUAUGCCCGCAUUGAGUCUCCGGAUCUGCAAAAGUUUGCGAAUCAGUGUCUGGCCCACUUUCAGACUACAGGACUGUGUGCUGCAGAUAAUAUUGAACGUGAAUCCGUUAAACUGCACAUGACCGUGAUGAACAACCGCUACCGCAAUGAGGCAAAUAAGUCUGGCAACAGCUUUGACGCCCGCGAGAUCCUCAAGCGCUUUGGAGACUUCGAUUUUGGAGUAGCCCAGUCGCAGGCUGUGCAUCUGUGCGUAUUAAAAUCGCGCGCCGAGGAUGACUUCUAUAAGAUAAGCGGUAGUCUCGAAUUCUAAGAAUUAAAACAGAGAUUUUUUUAAGUUUUUAAUAGAACAUUUUAAAAAUGUUCAUAAAAUGUUAAUAAACACAAAACAAAUAUAA